GCCAUAUGGAAGCAAUCGCAUCUUGUUAAAGGUAGAGUGGAGGAUAGCAAGCAGACGUUGACGAAGUGAAGGCGAUCACCAGCCGAUCGAGCCGAUCGCUCUCAGUCCGAAGGCGCGACGAAUCACAUGCGACCGCGAGAGAAUUUCCCCACCCAGGCUGCACUCCACAUUGACCGCAUACAAACCUUCAGUUCUCGACUUUGCGUCUUGUUCCACAUCGCAAAGACAUCGACACGUCACAUACUAUUCUCUACACCACGCCGUAACGCAGCCAGGCGAUACUACAGAAGAGCAUAGGAGUCGAACGCUCACGGGCAUUGCUCGAGAUACCAACACCUUCAUUAGCCGUCCACGGUGCCCUCGGCCUCGCAUCGGAGUGGUGGGAACGACGUAAGAUUGGAAAAGGCCGCAUCGGAAUGGUACUUACACGGCAGCAAGCUCUUCGGCCUCUGCGAGAUCCAAACAAGUUCCCAACGGUACAACUUUGCUUGCUUGCGCUUGUACGAGCCGCCGAACCGAUUGCCAUCUUCUCUGUCCUUCCAUACGCCUGGCAAUAUGUCCGUGACUUCCACGUUGGCGACCCUGCCAAUGCCUCCUUCUACGCAGGCGUCUUCGUCUCCACCUUCAACCUGGCGGAGGCGAUAUCUGGCAUGUACUGGGGAGGAAUAUCAGACAAGAUAGGACGCAAGCCCGUCUUGAUCAUGGGCUGCUUUGCCACCAUCGCUUCACUGCUCAUUGUCGGCUUCUCCAUCAACAUUUGGAUGGCGUUGAUAGGUCGUCUCGUUGGCGGCCUGUUCAACGGAAAUGUCGGCGUCAUUCAAACCAUGGUCGGAGAGAUUGUCAUUAACCCGGAACAUGAGCCCAAGGCGUAUGCCGUCAUGCCCUUUGUUUGGUCCGUGGGCAUUAUUGUUGGACCUGCCGUGGGCGGAUACUUCACUGCUCCAACCAAGAACUUUCCGGGCACCAUUGUCGACAUCGACCUUUUCCGCCAAUUCCCGUAUGCGCUGCCGAACAUAAUUUGCGCGCUACUGAUGCUGAUCUCGAUUCUGGGUGCUUACUUUCUCUUAGAGGAGACUCAUCCGGACAUGUCACCGUACGGUGUUGCACCAGCAGACCGGAGAGAAUCAGUGACGCCGCUUUUUGUCACUCAAGGAACGGCACAGAUGCCGGCCUCCAACUUGGCCAACGAGAGCUACGGCACUUUUAAUGAGGUCAACGAAGAUGCUGUGGACGAAUCGUGGAAUGUGCGGGAAGAUGGAACGAGCCGUCCAGCAAGUCUGAUCAGUGGACCAGAGAAGUGGCUGACGAGACGCAUUGUCUUGCUGAUGAUUGCGCUUGGUAUCUUUACAUACCACAGCAUGACGUACGAUCAUCUAAUGCCCAUAUUCUUCCAGGACGACCGCAGACCACUGGGUGAGGAGAUGGUAACUGUCGCCUCCACAAUCGGGUCGAAGUAUGGAUCUUUUGCGGGUGGACUAGGCUUGACCGUGAAGCAGUGUGGCAUCAUUCUGGCCUUCAACGGCAUCAUCGCUCUGUUCGUUCAAGCCGUCAUCUUCCCACUGGUAGCCGGCUGGCUCGGAGUGUGGCGUACGUUUGUUGUCGUCACAGUACUGCAUCCCAUCGCUUACUUCAUCGUGCCAUGGCUGGCUUUGCUUCCGGAGAACAUGGUUUAUCCCGGGAUCUACAUCUGCCUCACAGUCCGCAAUCUGGUCUCUAUCAUGGCGUACCCGACAUUGCUCAUACUCAUCAAGGAAGCGUCACCGUCCAAUAACUGCCUUGGCAGAAUCAAUGGUCUGGCUGCUUCGACUGGUGCAGGGUUCCGCACGAUUGCUGCACCGAUCACCGGCGCUGUGUACGGAGUUGGACAGAAGAUCGAGUUCACCGCGCUUGCAUGGUGGCUGAGCGCGUUGGUAGCUUUGACCGGCGCCUUUCAGGUCUUCACCAUCAACCGCUUGACCACGGGUCCACAGCAUUCAGUGUGUGGUGCCGUUCCUUGCAAGCUCGCGCGAAACCUUGAGCAUGGUCGGCGCAAGUCCUCGGUCGUCAGGAUUAGGGUGCACCAAAAUCAGGACUCAGGGUACCAUUCGGAAGAUGACGACGAGCGGACACCGUUCGCUUCGCGGGUACCGAGAUGAUGAACAAGCCCUACUACCUCACGGGAACAAGUGCAGGAAUCUGCAUGACGUUUGUAAUUAUCAGUCAUGACAGCGUUGGUUCAAGGCGUUUUCUGACGACUUUGGCGCAAUGGUUGUUGCGGCGGUGCGCUCGUUUGUGCUUUAGACAUCCAUUCUCAGCAAGGCGUUGUGGGCAUGGAUGGCUUACGGUCCAGAAAUACGAUGCCAUGACAUGCGUUCGGCAGACGUUGGAGAAGGGUGGUUCGGCAGAAGGAAUCGUCGCAAUCGCAACCUUUCGUGCUUGUUCCAAUGCAAUGAGGUACAUACGAUAGUGGGGACACCCACAGCAAGAACA